UGUAGAUUGUCAUUGAAAAGAACUGGGCUCUACUUUUAACUUAAUAAAAUCAAACUAAACAAUUGUUCUGGAAUAAUUUUACUGUUAAAAUUUAACAAAGGAAGACGAUGAACAUCAUUGUGUGUAAUGAAGUUAAUCUAUUUUUCUUCUUUUCAGUUUUAUUUCUCAGUUUUCAAACAGCUUUAACAAUCGUUUUUACGAAGUUCGGGCGAAAUUUGAGAUUUGAUGGUCUUCUAUGUGUGGCAGACAACAUCGUCUUUCAAGCAGAAAAUGUUUCAAAAUCUCUGGCAUGCAUUAAGAUUUGCUACAACAACAUGUUAAGUGAUGCAAUAUUCUAUCAACCGGAUUUACUCACUUGUAUCGGCUGUGCUGGGAUUUACCAUUUCGCUGAAGUCCUACCUGGCUCGACUUACUUCGCACGGCCUUCUGGAAAAGGUCACCAAGACUGGAUUGGUCACGGAAACAGCUAUUAUUACUUCAGUCCGGAUAAGAAAAACUGGAACGACGCGUUGGCGACAUGUAGAAAAUUGGGCAGUGAUCUUGUCGAGGUAAAUGAUGUCACAGAAAACAACUUCUCGGUGCUUAACAACAAUGAUAACAAUAUUGGAUCGGGCUGAUAGACAAGGAAAGGAAUGGCACUUAUGUCUGGAUAUCAUCCGAACAGAGACCUACUUUCACUUUUUGGAAUCCUCCAGAACCUACUAACUAUUACAACGAAUACUGCGUUUUGUACCUUGGAAAAGACCAUAGCUACAUGUGGAACAACUAUUAUUGUGCAGCUGAAUAUCACUACAUUUGCGAACGUACAUUUCCUGAGUUCUGAAAAACAAUCUUAUUGGUUUUAUUAACAAAUCAUUGUCACACCACAUUUUCAAACAUUAUUAUGUUUAGCCGUAGUUUCGAACUCGUCGCCUUAUUCUUAUACUGAGUAGUGUCUUUUUACCAUUUUAAGAAAAAAAAAACACCAAAGUCUUAACAUUAAUCAUUUCGGAUUUUAAAUAUAAAAAACAAAACAGGUUGAAGUUGUUCAUAAAUUUUUCUUAAUAUUUUAAGGCAUUUUUAUUGAAUAAUUUUAAGGGCAAUUUAAUUUUUUAUUUUGGAGAUAGCUCAAAGAUAAAAAGUCGUUUUCACUAUUAAAAUGUGUUUAUACAUAGCUUACAAUAUCAUAAAAACUAAGUUUUAGUUUUCUGUUUUGAAACUGUUUAUGUUCACACAUGUUUACAUGUUUUUAUUUGACCAUUCCAGCACCAUCACCUGCAGUAGAAAGAUUUUUCAGUAUAACUGGAUAAAUGUUUAAACCAGAAAGGUGUUUACUGUCUGAUGGCACCUUAUAAAGACUCACCAUGUUCAAAAGCAAUUAUAAGAUAUACGUUACUGUGACAAAGACACGUUUGACAUGUUGUGUAAAAUGGAUCAGAACUAAAUUUAUAUUUUGAAUUUGAAUAUGUUGUGUAUCAGGAUACUUCUUUCUUUCCUUAUUUCUUUCUCUGAUUCA